AUGCUGCUAUUCCCCUCCCGCCUCAUCGACGCAUUACCAUCAUUUGUGUCAACCAACGACACAUCCCUGCUUGCCGCAAUCACCCCCACAGAGCUCUCAGCACCAUGGUACCACACCUCGCGCCCACACCUCUUGUCCUUUAUCUCCGACCGCUACCUCUCCCUCGCCGCACCAGUCUUGACAUAUUGGAUCCUCUCGACCGUCUUCCACUUGAUCGAUGAGGCCGAGCUGCCGUACUUUGAGCGCAACCGGAUUCACCCUCCCGAGGAGCUCAAGUCCCGUAACAAGGUGACGUUCUGGGAGGUGAUUCGUGCGGUCGUCGUGCAGCACAUCAUCCAGACCAGCCUGGGAUUGCUGUUCCUCGAGUCGGAGGAGUCGGUCCUCGAGACGGAGAUCCGCACAGACCACAUCGCCGCCAUGGGACGUCUUGCCCCUCGCGUAGUCGACGUGGCCUUCCUCCUCCUCGGCCGCAACGUUGGGGAGCGCGCCCUCCUCUCCCUCGGCCCUGCAGUGGUCUCUUGGGCGUACUGGUGGGCCAUUCCGUUUGUGCAGAUGAUUCUUGGCUUCUUUUUUAUCGACACCUACGAGUACUGGCUUCACCGGGCUAUGCACACCUACCCUACGCUGUACAAGGCUUUCCACUCGCACCACCACCGGCUCUACGUCCCGUACGCCUUUGGAGCUCUCUACAACCAGUGGUUCGAGGGCCUACUCCUCGACUCGCUUGGCGCUCUCUUGGCUGCCACAGCCACUUUUAUGACUGUUCGUCAGGCCACGCUGCUGUUCACGAUCGCGAGCUGGAAGACAGUCGACGACCACUGCGGCUACCGUCUGUGGUGGGACCCUUGCCAGAUGUUCUUUGCCAACAACGCCGACUACCACGACAUUCACCACCAGCACUAUGGCUUGAAAUACAACUAUGCCCAGCCAUUCUUCACCAACUGGGACUACCUGCUGGGAACGCAGAUGACGCGCGAGCAGGCUGAAGAGUUCCGAAGCCGUGCAAGUGCAAAGGCCAAGGCCAAGGCGGAGUAA